UGCCCGCCAGUCCCACCGAGUACACUUCGUCAGCCCCGAGUCUUCCCCCACCAACUCUAAUGCACACCCCGGUCCUUUUGGACAAUCUCCUUGAAGUGCCCAGCCAGAGACCAGGGGUGUGACCAGAGCUCUAGAUGGUGUGAAAUCAGUUGAGAGCCAGGAAAUGGCUACAAUCUUAGAACCAGAAGACCAGGACCUUUGGGAAGAAGAGGGGAUUCUGAUGGUGAAACUGGAAGAUGAUUUCACCUGUAGGCCAGAGUCUGUCUUAGAGGGGAAUGAUCCUGUAUUUGAGACCUCACACCAGAACUUCCGACGAUUUCGCUACCAGGAAGCAGCAAGCCCUCGUGACGCUCUCAUUCGACUCCGGGAACUUUGUCAUCAGUGGCUGAGGCCAGAGAGACGGACAAAGGAACAGAUCCUUGAGCUGCUUGUGCUGGAACAAUUCCUCACUGUCCUGCCUGGAGAAUUGCAAAGCUGGGUUCGGGGCCAGCGACCAGAAAGCGGAGAGGAGGCGGUGACGUUGGUGGAGGGUUUGCAGAAACAGCCCAGGAGACCAAGGCGGUGGGUGACCAUCCAUGUUCACGACCAGGAAGUCCUGUCAGAGGAGUUGGUACAUCUUGGGGCCGAGCUUGAGUCACCAAAUGAGGUGCAAGACCCUGUACAGACCUCAACCCCCUUGGAAGUCCAUGAGGAGACCACACAGAUUCCAGAUCUGGGGGCACCAGAAGAACAGAGCCCCUGUCCUGAAGAGGAGUUCCAGCCCCUACAGGAGAGAGGUGCUCCAGUGCGCCAGGACCCAGACCCGCCUGAAGAGAGGAACACUGGAGACUCCCUCCUCACCGCUUUAUCACAGGGACUGGUAACGUUCAAAGACGUGGCUGUAUGCUUCUCCCAGGACCAGUGGAAUGAUGUAGACCCAACACAGAAAGAAUUCUAUGGAGAAUAUGUCUUGGAAGAAGACUGUGGAAUUGUAGUUUCUCUGUCAUUUCCAAUCCCCAGGCUAAAUGAAAUCUCCCAGGUUAGAGAGGAAGAGUUUUGGGUCCAAGAUAUUCAAGAGCCUCAAGAACCUCAAGAGACUGAGAUCCUGAGUUUUACCUACACAGGAGAGCAGAGUGAAGAUGAUGAGUAUCUUGAGCAAGAAGAUCGAAGUUUGGAGGACUUUCAAAGGUCUGUUUUGGGAGAUCCAGAAAUUCACCAGACUCCUGAUUGGGAAAUAGUCUUUGAAGAUAAUUCAGGUAGACUUAAUGAGAGAAGAUUUGAUACAAAUAUUUCUCAAGUUAAUAGUUUGACAAAUCUUCAGGAAACCAUACCUCUCCACCCCUUAUUAGGGAGACAUCAUCACUGUACUGUAUGUGGGAAAAGCUUCACUUGUAACUCGCACCUGGUUAGACACCUGAGAACUCACACAGGAGAGAAACCCUACAAAUGUAUGGAGUGUGGGAAAAGUUACACACGGAGCUCACAUCUUGCCAGGCACCAAAAGAUUCACAAGAUUGGCGUGUCUUAUAAACUCCCCCUAAACCGGAAAAAUGUGAAUGAGACCUCCUCUGUGAUCCAGGUUGAAAAAACUCCAUCUAUUGAGAAACCCCAUCGAUGUGAUGAUUGUGGGAAGUACUUCCGCUGGACUUCAGACCUUGUCAGACAUCAGAGGACACAUACAGGAGAAAAACCAUUCUUCUGUACAAUUUGUGGCAAAAGCUUCAGUCAGAAAUCUGUGCUAACAACACACCAAAGGGUCCACUUGGGAGACAAACCCUACUUAUGUGCAGAAUGUGGAGAGGAUUUCCAUGAUCACAGGCAGUACCUGGCACACCGGAAAACACAUGCUCCUGAGGAACUAUUUCUUUGUAGUGAGUGUGGACAAUGCUUCAACCACAAUGCAACAUUUGCCAAGCAUCUAAAAGGGCAUGCAUCAGUGAGGUCUUGUCGGUGUGGUGAAUGUGGGAAAAGCUUCAGUCGGAGGGACCACCUGGUCAGACACCAGAGAACACACACUGGUGAAAAGCCAUUCAUGUGCCCUACCUGUGGCAAACACUUCAGCAGAGGUUAUCACUUAAUCAGGCAUCAAAGAACCCACUCAGAAAAGACUCCCUAACUAGAUCCUCAUAUGAGGAGACCUACAGUUUGUUUACCUGUAAGAGUGGGCUAGGAGAAGCCGCCUUGUUAGCCUGGAAGAUCUUUUCUAGGGAGUCUCUUGCCAAGCUAAAUAAAACCCCCAGGCAAAGUUUCUCAACCUCUUCAGCACUUUGAGGAUAUAAUUUGUCCCAGAUACAAUCUGAACGGAGGCUUCUCCUUAACUGAAGUGUUCCUGUGUCUCCCUUCUGGGCACAGAGUAAGAAAAUUAGACUUAAGAGAUUGUCAUUACUCUUCCAAAAAAUAGGCUGUUACAUACCCUAAAGACUACUUGACAACUUCAAGUUUAAAGUGGCCAAAAGCAACCCCUUAGGUGUGAUAAGGGACUUUGUUAAGAUGUCUGUUCUUGGGGUCACCUGUUAAAGCACACUGAACUCAGAUCUGGGUCCUGAUGACUUUGUUAACUCUACAAAUCCCUCCAUGUUUGAUUCACUUGCUCACCAUGCACUUUCCUUUGUUGCUGUGGGAAACAGAAGAAAAAAAAGUAUGAUGGGUAAAAAUCUCUAGGCUGCUGCUUAUGGACGUUUUCAGGCUAUUUUCACCCCCGCUGUCAAAAAUGGUGCCUGUGCAGCCACUACCAAAAAGGAAGACCUCAGCAGCUCCUUUGUUUCCUUGUGGGCUUUUUUCUUCCCCUGGUAGAUUGUUUUCAUGCUUUUAGCCUACUUAAUAUUCUACCAGUGGUUUGGUUUUGUCCCUGGCACUUGUACAAGGAAGAUGUAGCAUUCAGGCUCUGAGGGUGUAAGUAAAGUGUAAUUAAACCAUCAGGAAGGCAAAUAUAUCUACACACAUGCACAAGCCCACUCACCUUACCUUUUCCUUCCCAUGGGUUUUGUAUGAGUUUGGAGAUAGUGUUAGCCUACAGAGGCACCGGGCUCGUGAUUGCUUGUAUCACCUACUGGAUGUGCCAGAAACCAGAGCAGAUAGGAGAUAACCCUGUGAAAAUGUAGACGGCUGUUGCCAUUGGCCACAGCUGUUGAGAAUCUUCUUGACAUCCAGUCCUUACCUCCGUUCUUUGGUUCCAGGGAACAUUCUGAACCUCAAUUCCUGGAACCUCACAGUAUACCAGGAGUCAAUGGCUUACAUGUAUUUGUGUGUUUUCAUUUAAGUGAUUUCAUUUUCAUGUAACUUAGAACUAAAUAAUAGUAUCUCACUGUGACCCAAGAAUCUCUGUUGUCUGAUAGAGGUUACCAUAGAGGUGAAGUUGAAUAAUUCUCAUGAACAUCACCUGUUCAUUGGGGGGCGUUGGAAGGAAUGAAGAUAUUCUACUCCAUAAAUGGAGUGCAGGAUAUGGGAUUGAAGCAUAAAAGGGGAGACCUUCUGUGCCUGGUUGGUAAUCUAUGUAAUGCAUACUGUGCAUGUGUACCCAAGAGGGAUAUGGGUCGAUUAACAAGAGCCAGCCCUAUAGACCAACAUGGAAAUUCUCAUUUUGAUCAGUAACAGUAUUCUGAUGGGACUGGUUUUAAUACCGAUCAGCCAUUUUCCUAGAAAUCUACACAUCUUAAAUAAAAGUAACAGCCAAAUAGCCCAUGUUUCUGGGACUCCGUUUUACCCAUUCACUUCCAAAGUUCAUGGGUUUCUUCUACUUCUGAUCACGUAUACUCAUUUGACCUGGGUGAACAGAGUGGUCUGACAUAUGGAUAGAAAAAGUCUAGGAUUGCUAGCAGAGCCAACUUAGAAUAAAUGCAUGCAACCUCGGGUAAGAUUUCAGCCUACCGUUUGCAGAAGAGAUUAUGAUAAUGUGCAGGUAUUUUUCAGCCAUGAGUCUAGGGCAGAGCGCAAUUUGUCCUGGGUGAAAUGUCACAGUCUCGAAGGACAGUAUGCGAGAGCUCAUAUCUUCUAGUUCAUGCUUACCAUUUAUGGAAGUUGAUAAAAUACUACAGAUUUGCAGAACGAACUGUUUCCUCUGAACCUGCAUUAUUGCAGUAAGUAAAAAUCUUAUGUUGACACUAA